GGGAGGUGGGUGACGAUGACCUGGCGUGUGUUGUGUCUACUGGUGGUGACACUGCUGCCCACUCCUGCCAUUCCCUGGACCCACCGAGCAGGUAGGGCAGCUGGGCCAGUCAGCAGUGGGCAGAGGUUCUACCAAGCUCAUUUCCGCUUCACCCUGGACCUAUAUGGUGCUCUAGUCAACCAGUCAACUCAUCCCAACGCUAAUAUGCUCUUCAGUCCCGUAGGUGUGGCUGCCAUCCUCUCUCCCCUGCUACACACUCAGGACCAGCUGGUAACACAGCAGAUAAGACAGGUGCUGCAGUAUAGCAACAUGAGUACAGAGGAGAUACAAGAGGGUCACACAGCUAUGAUCAACAACUUCGCUGACGUCUACUACAGUAGUGACCUUCGCCUGGCCUACAACAUCUUCCUGCAGGAGGCGUCAACUUCUGCACAAUCUGCGCUGCGUCUCUACCCUCCCUCCACCACACAGGAGGUCAACUUCCACACCAACGGUACCCAGGUCAUGCGAGGUAUCAACCAGUGGGUGGGCGUGGAGACGGGCGGGCUGGUAGGGGCACCACUAGUACACACGCCCACCGCCCAGGUGGAGGCACUGGCUGUCCUGGUUGUGUAUUUUUCUGGUAGAUGGUUGCAUAGAUUUGACCGCAACCUGACCUUCGACAAGGGCCUUUUCUACAUCACCUCACAGGAGAGGUUCGAGAUUCCAAUGAUGGUGGGACGUCUGGAGUUACCACUUGGUUAUUCACCUGACCUGGAAGUUCGAGUCCUGGAGCUACCCUUCGUGGGUAGAAAGGUCUCUAUGUUCAUUCUCCUACCAGAUCAUGCUGACCUCGGCCUCACCAACCUUGAGCGAAACAUCACUGCUGACAAUAUUAAGGCUCUCUUUUCUACUCUCAAGGACGAGCGUGUGAACCUGAGACUACCAAGGUUCAGAGUGGACGUGGUACCACCCCUGCAGGACGCCCUGGUAUCACUGGGACUGACUGCUGUCUUCCCCACCACCACUGACACAACCCCAAGCCUCCUCCUCCAUGACUUCCUCCAUAGAGCCGUGUGUGAGGUUGUGGAGGAAGGAGAUGACUGGUCUCCACCCCAGGUCCCCGGAGGUGACCAGGUGGGAACUUUCGGUGACAAGUACUUCGAGGUGGAUCAUCCUUUUAUCUUCUUCGUCUGGGACUACAUCGGCAGCAGUGUAGUGUUGAUGGGUCGUAUUGUCACUCCGGAGCCCAUCAUUCUCACCCACGAUAACUAA